CAGGUAUUUCCUAAAUCGAAAUCAUAUGAAAGCGAACAUGACUUGUACACGAUCCAGAUCGUCUUUGGUCCUCUCAAUCCUCUUCGCCGUGGUACUACUCGUACUUCCAAGUCCUUCCUCCGCCUCAAACCGCCACGUAAUCAACUUCCGAUCACCAGGACUUUACCCAGAGGGACUAACCUGGGAUCCAUCAGGCCAACACUUCAUAGUCGGAUCUCUCCACAGCCGCACAAUCCACUCCGUCUCCGACGCCGGUGUCGUGCAAACCCUAAUCUCCGAUCCCUACCUGCCGGAGAACGCUACAAUCCUAGGCAUCUCCGUUGACUCCUCCAACCGCCGCCUCCUCGCGGCGAUCCACUGCCUCCCGCCUCUCCUCCCCUGCAGCGCCCUAGCCGCCUACGAUCUCCGCAGCGGCGGCCGCCGAAUCUUCCUCUCUCCUCUCCCUUCUCUCCCCGGAGACGACGCGGACAUCGCCCGCGAUGUCGCGAAUGACGUGGCGGUUGACUACAACGGCAACGCUUACGUCACCAACUCGGCGAAAAACUUCAUCUGGAAAGUCAACAGCGACGGCGCGGCGGCGAUCUUCUCGAGAUCGCCGCUGUUUAACUCUCAGCCGGUGGCGCCGGACGCGGACGCGACUUUCCGCGAUUGCGGUUUGAACGGGAUCGUGUACAACAGCAAAGGGUACCUCCUGGUGGUGCAGAGCAACACGGGGAAGAUGUUCAAGGUGGACGAGGAGAGCGGGACGGCGAGGAUUGUGCUUCUGAACGGAGACAUGGUGGCGGCUGAUGGGGUGGCGAGGAGACGGAGAGACGGGACGGUUAUGGUGGUGUCGCAGAAGAAGCUUUGGUAUCUCAAGAGCCAAGAUAGCUGGAGCGAAGGGGUGAUAUAUGACGAGGUUGAGCUCGAGGUGGAGGGGUUUCCGACGGCGGUGACGGUGGCCGGGCACGAUAGGGUGUAUGUGUUGUAUGGGAGAGUGAUGGAAGGUAUAAUGAGAAGUUAUAAAGAUGGGGAAGAGAGGGAGUGGUUUGGGAUAGAAGAGGUGUCGUCGGAGAAGGAGAGUGGGGAAGAUAAGAUUUGGGUUUAUGUUUUGAUCGGACUUGGUUUCGCUUACUUUUGCUUCUGGAGGUUUCAGAUGAAGAAUCUCAUCACAAACAUGGACAAGAAGACCACUUAGCUCUUCUUGUCUGUAUUGUCAACUCUCUCUCUUUUUUUUUUUUUGUAAUAGGAGACCUAAUACAGUUCAUCUUGUAGUGUCAUUUGGUCGGUUUUGGACCAAAUCAGAGUAUUUCAUUCGAGCCAUC